AUAUUGACAGUUUUAAAUCAAAUAACUGAUUUGAAGAAAUACACUAUUUGUAUAAUAAUCGUAAAGGGAUAUUUAUUUAUCAAUACAAUCUUUCGAUAAGUUAUACGUAUAUAGAUUAUGAUACACUGUAAAUUUAUGUGUGCAUAUAAAUUUUAACGUUUAAAAAUCAUGGAACCUGUGUCAAAGAAAUUAAAAGUUGAGGAUAACUGUUCAGAACCGUUUACACAGAAAGGGUCACACGAUGACGAAGUUACAUUAGCUUUUGGAAAGGAGAAACUUUAUGUCUCGAAGAAUUUUCUAUGUUUAGCCUCCCCAGUAUUUGAGGCGAUGUUUAGAAAUGAGUGUAGAGAGAAGAAAGAGAAACUCGUGCAGAUGAUUGGUAAAUCAUAUGAAGACUUCAUUGACUUCCUGCUGUGUAUUCAUCCAAGAAUUCUGAAAGAAGUAAACGAACUGAUUGUGCUUCGCAUUGUUCCCUUUGCUGAGGAAUAUCAAGUGACAUCGAUUGUAACAAAAUGUAAGGCUGUAAUAAAGUCGAUGUUAUUAAAGGCCGAAAAGAAUGCAUCAAACGUUUGUAUAAGUGUAACGCAACUAAAACCAUUGAAGAAGUGUUUAAAUAUAUUGCAAUCCGCAAUUUCUCUAAAUUACACAGACAUAACAGCUUUAGCUAUCAAAUCUAUUGCCAGGUUUGGAUACUGUCUGUACGACGGACUUGAUCAGUCUAAAGAUUUUUUCAGUCGUACUUAUCCAGCGUUAGACAACAAAAUAGAUUAUACCAAGGAGACGACAUACGGUGAUUUAUAUAGAGAGUGUGGUGUUCUCUUCAAAGGUCUCUCGCUUGAUAUCCGCUUCAAAAUUCUGUCAGAAAGAUUAAUAAAAGUCAGUGACAAUAAUUUUAAGUAAUUUAUAGUGAUCAGACACGGCUUCAUUUUCUACUUUCAAAAGGAGUUGAUUUUUUAUAACGUACACAAUACACUGAGUACAUGUAUGAGUGACGUUGACAAUCAAAAUAAAGUACACGGACCAUUAUUUUAAUAAUAAUAAUAAUAAUAAUAAUAAUAAUAAUAGGCAGAAUAUUGGUAGUGGUUGUAUAAAUAAUAAUCAUCAUCAUUAGGAUAAUGUUUAAAGAUAUUGAAAUAUAAUGUGAUGGGCAUGAAGUUUGACUACAAAAAAUCUAAAAUAAAAUAAUUGUAAUUACAAAUGGUGAAUAUGAAAAAAAAAUAUGAAUGGCUUUUAUGAAGACUAGCUCUACAACAUCGAUCCCGUAAAUAAUAUCUCCAUGUAAAAAUAUACUGGUUUAUUUAAUUUUACCUAUUGAAUAUGGUGCUAUAUCAGUUAAAUAUAUUUCAUAUUUUUAAAAAAAAUAGAUAUGAAAUAUAAAUAUGAAAGUGGGCGGAGUCAAAAAUCAUAUCUAUUUUAUAGGACUUCUUUCGCCAAUUUGUUUGAAAAUUCUGAUAAAUACAAAACAACUUUUUGUUGAAUUUUGUUUUGAAAACUAUCUAGAAUGAUAGAAAAUGGUCUAACUAAGAAAUAAAUCCGAACACCAGUACCUUACCUCAGUCAUUAACGCUAUACAGACGUUUAAGGAAUUGUUUACGUGACGUCACAAUGUAGCGCUAAAUAUCGCGUGCAACCAACAAGACAAUUAUUAUAUUACUGCGCGCUGUACUAUUGCAGUUGCGUAGCAAGUAAGGGGGUUCGUAACCAUUUUUCUUUGAUAAUGAAAUUAAAUGAAAAGGUUAUUUUUUUCGUUUUUCGUGAAAUAUUGUAUAUACUUUCACUCAACAUGAUAAAAUGCCACAUAUUUUCACUCGCCGUCCCGGCUCGUGAAAAUAUGUGGCCUUUUAUCAUGUUUCGUGAAAAUAUAUUCCAUAUUUCACUCAAACGAAAAAAUAUCCUCUUAAUAAACUCCUUCAUUGUCUUAAUGUCAUAUCGUUGCAAAAUAUGUUCAUGUCAUGCAAGCAUAUUAAAGCCAGAAAGAUACGAAAGCUUCUAAAAUAUGAUGAUUUUAAAAUAUUUAACUACAUGUAAAUGGUAAUUACAUACUUACAUAUUGCACUAAAAUCUAUGAAUGAUUCUGGCAUAUAAAACUUUUUACAAUAUUGUAAAUACUUGCUAAGUGUUAAUUAUUCUGUAAACUAAUCAUGCACACAUCUUGCACAAGAAGUAUGGAAGGAAGUCAUUGUAUAUUGAUUAGAUAUCAUGGAAAAGGUUUUUAUUUGUUUGAGUCGUCAGGCAAAACAAAUAAUGAUAGCGAAAUUUCAGACUCUGAUGCUGUUAAUUGCAAAUGCCGAAAGUAGUCCGCUUUUUUGAAGCGGUUACUUCCCUUUAUAUGUACACUAACGCCGAAAAAUAGGGGAGAUCACUGUGUAAAGAUUGUCAAAUGACAUACGCAUUAAUUUUCAAGCAAAAUAGUUCCCGAAUGGUCGAAGAUUUCUAAUAUUGUUUUAUUCUUUACAGAUAUACAUGCUUAUAGUAAGCUCCAUGAUUAUUUACAUCUGUUUUAGCGUCGAAAUAAUAAGUUACAAACCCUAAUAAGGAAUAAUUUUUUUCUUCAGACCGUGAAUACAUAACUUCACCGUGACCGAGGGGUUUGCACGCUCGCUUAAGAAUCGAAAGGUUUGGAGUUCAAAUCCCAGUUCAGGCAACUAUUUUUUCAAAAAUGGUUUAAGUUAUUGAAUUGAAUAUCAGUGUUGCAAUUAGUCUUAUAGCCAAUUUACUACAGUUAAAACACUGGAAAGCAUUGGUGGCACUAUACAAAAACAAAUUGGUUUAUAAUCUCACAACCUUCACCUUUCUGACAUUCUGAGACCCAAACAAAUUCAGCGCCUUCUAUGCUUUGAUUUUGAUACUGAUGUACACAACCAUAGAUUUCCUAAUUAACUAAAGAUUAUGAUAUCAGCAGCAACCUCGUCAAACAUAACAGUAUAUUUACUGAUUUUGCAUUGUUUAAAAUGAAAAAGAAAAAUUGAUUGUACCCUGUAAAAUUUAUUGGAAGAAAUCCAGAAUCCUACUAAAUGUUUCAAAUCAAAUGUUGAAUUUUAAAUAAAUUAUUGUUAUAGUCACAAAUUACAAUGUACGUAUGUCUUUGGGUUAUAUACCUGUACAAAUUAAAUCCGGCAAAUUAGAGAUUCUGUCUAUAUAAUCUACCAACAUUCAAAAUAGUGCGUUAAUCACACGUGUAUCCCACCGUUAAGGUAUACCGCAAAAAGACUAGUACUGGCAUUGCCGAAACUGAGCAAUCUUUUAUCAAAGAUGAGUUCUAUGUAUUUAGAUUUCUGAUAGACAGAUGGCAGUUAUGAGUUUAUUUUUCUUUAUUGUUGUAAUUUAAUGAACAACUCAUUAAAAAUAUUGAUGUUGAUUCAUGAAAUGUUAGUAAUAAGAAUUACAUUUAUAUUGGUAUAUCUGAUAUAUGCAUAAUUAUAAUUACGAGUUUUUAGUGCUAUUACUGUUUUGUUUGUAGACAUGUAUUUCAGAUUUACAAAUAAAUAUAUUGA